GCUGCUCGCCCAACCAGCUCUUCCCGCCCUUUACUUGUAGGCGGGAUUUCCGCUUGGCGGUGCGCCUUGUUGCCGGAAAUCUGAGUAACAUCACUUCCGGAGAGUGGAGCCAGUUGCUAGGCUGCUAGUCGGACCUUUUGUAGCUUCCGGUCUAGUCGUGUGUGCGCGGGAGUCUCUUCCGGGUUUGGGGGCACCAUGAGCACUAUGUUCGCCGAUACUGUCCUUAUCGUCUUCAUCUCGGUGUGCACGGCGCUGCUGGCCGAGGGUAUAACAUGGGUGCUGGUUUACAGAACAGAGAAAUACAAGAGACUGAAAGCUGAAGUGGAAAAACAAAGCAAAAAAUUGGAAAAGAAGAAGGAAACGAUAACUGAAUCAGCAGGCCGACAGCAAAAAAAGAAAAUAGAGAGGCAAGAGGAGAAGCUGAAGAACAACAACAGGGACCUGUCGAUGGUUCGAAUGAAGUCCAUGUUUGCAAUUGGCUUUUGCUUUACUGCCCUCAUGGGCAUGUUCAACUCCAUAUUUGACGGCCGGGUGGUGGCAAAACUUCCUUUUAUCCCCCUCUCCUAUAUCCAGGGCCUGUCCCAUCGCAACCUGCUGGGGGAGGAUUACACUGACUGUUCCUUCAUCUUCCUCUACAUUCUCUGCACCAUGUCUAUCCGACAGAUCUCUGUUGCUUUUUCCUCUGGAGGUGCCAAGGGACUUAGAAACCCUUACAGCAGGUCAGCAGAGGAAAUGACUCUUGUGCCAACUUCUAACAGAGGGGUCAGGAUGGGCUUGGUGAAGUGGCUCAAUAAUGGAAUGAAAGCUCCUUUACCCCAAAAUAAGUGCAUAUUAAUGGAUCAAACAGAUUCUCUCCCUCCUUCCACAGCAGGAUCCUUCAUUAAAUCAGAUCUGUGUCCAGUCUUGUGUAAAGGAACAAGGCAAACAAAUUAGCAAAAGCCAUCAAGU